AUGAGCGACCAAGCUGCUGGCGUCGCCUCUGAUGCGGCCGAGCGGUGUGCUAUUGGUAUCUCCUUCGGAAACUCCAACAGCUCUAUCGCCUACACCUCGCCCGAUGGAAAAGCAGAGGUUAUUGCAAACGAGGAUGGAGAUCGCCAUAUCCCUUCCAUCAUCUCAUAUGUUGAUGGCGAUGAAUACCAUGGAACACAAGCCAAAUCCCAGGUAGUCAGGCAUCCAACCAACACCAUCGCGUAUUUCAGAGACUUCCUUGGAAAAGAGUUCAAAUCGAUAGACCCUACACCAUGCCACCAGUCCGCUCAUCCUAAGCAGCACGAAUCUACUAUCGCUUUCACAGUGCAAGAGACUAGCGGCGAAGAGUCAAGCACGCUUACCGUGUCCGAAGUUACCACUCGCCAUCUCCGACGCCUGAAGAAUUCCGCUUCUGAGUAUGUCGGCAAAGAGGUGAAUGCAGCAGUCAUCACCGUUCCUACGAACUUUGCGGAUUCUCAGCGAUCUGCUUUGAUGGAAGCUGCGAAGAACGCUGGUAUCGAAGUUCUUCAGUUCAUUCACGAGCCCGUUGCUGCGGUCGUCGCAUAUGAUGCUAGACCAGAGUCUGUUGUGACCGAUAAGCUCGUUGUCGUUGCUGACUUGGGCGGCACAAGAUCCGAUGUUACUGUCAUUGCAUCCAGAGGUGGAAUGUAUACCAUCUUGGCCACCGCCCACGACUACGAACUAGGAGGUGCCCAGUUGGACCAGGUGCUCAUUGAUCACUUUGCGAAGGAGUUCAUCAAGAAACACAAGAUAGACCCUAGAGAGGAAGCUCGAAGCUUAGCUAAACUAAAGCUUGAGGCAGAGGCUACCAAAAAGUCUCUUAGUAUCGGUACUAAUGCCUCUUUGAGCGUCGAGAGUCUUGCAAACGGUAUCGACUUUACUUCAACCGUGAACCGACUAAGAUAUGAAAUUCUCUCCGCCAAGGUCUUCGCAAACUUCACCGAGCUUAUCCAACAGGCUGUACAGAAGGCUGAGCUUGAUUUACUUGAUAUUGACGAGGUCAUUCUCUGCGGUGGAACGUCUCAUACCCCAAAGAUCGCUCGCCUUGUCCAGGGCCUAUUCUCUGAAUCCACCACUGUUCUCGCGCCAGCUACUUCCCCUGCUGCCAUUCACCCAUCCGAUGUGGCUGUCAGAGGUGCCGCAAUCCAGGCUUCUUUGAUAGAAGAGUUCGAAAUGGCCGACAUCGAGCAAUCCACUCACCCGAUGGUCACGGUUACCCCUCACCUUAGCCACGCCAUUGGAGUCCAACUUAUUUCUGCUACCGAGUCAAAGGGUAUCUUCAAGCCGCUCUUGAACACCGAGACUGCUCUCCCAGCCCGUCGAUCAGCCCAGUACCCCGCGCCAAAGGACGGUGGUGAUGUUCUCAUCCGUGUUUGUGAGGGCACACGUGAGAUUAAGGUCAUAAAAGCAGAACCUAAGCCAAAGGCUGAUGAUGAUGACGAAGACGACGACUCUGAUGAUGAGGAAGAUGAAGAAGAGGAAAUCCGCGAGGUUUCAUGGAACGUUGCCAAGCCACUCGCCGAGUUUGCCAUCCGCGACGUCAAGCCUAAUGGUAAAGUCGAGGUUAUGGUUAGUGUUAAUGAGCAGCUUGCUGUCCAAAUAACCGCCCGCGAGAUUGGUGGAAAGGGAGGUGUCCGUGGCGCUGUGGAAGCUCCACAGGUGGUUGAGAACGGUGCAUAG